AUGGCGUACGGCUACAACGAAGGGCGAGGUCGAGGACGAGGUGGUGGUGGUCGAACGAGUGGUGGACGAGGACGGGGCGGCGGCCGAGGAAGAGGACGAGGACGAGGCAGGAACUCCCCGGCGGCGGCACAAAAUCAACAAACGAAGAAACCAACGAAAUCGAUAAAAAACCAGAUGCGAGACGUCCAACGGAUGCUCUCGAAGGCGAAAAACAUGCCGCAAAAGUUGCGAGAGGAGAAAGAGCAGGAGUUGAAAGAUUUAGAAAAAGCGCAGAAGGAAAAUCUGCACGCGGAGAAGGAACGGAAAUACGCGAAGAAGUACCACCGGGUGAAAUUCUUCGAGAGAAUAAAAGUGACGAGAAAGAUGGAGAAGAUUAGUAGAAUCAAGGAAGACGAGCGAACGGAGAGAGAGAAGGAACAGUUGAAAACGUUGGAACGGGAUUUAGAGUACGUGUUGCAUUUUCCGAAACACCGGAAAUACGUGUCGCUAUUCAACGACGACGAGGACGAUGAAGACGCCAAGACGCAUAAAAACCGUAGACGAGAACGGUUUCGGAAGGAGAUCAAGGAGAUUUUGAAAGCGAAAGCGGAGUUGGGAGAUGCCAACGAAGGCAUCGUGGACGGCGACGAUGAGAACGAAAAAGCCCGGACGAACGCUGUGAAGUCGAAUGACUUGGAUGGGGACGAUUUCUUCUUGAAUUCUGAUGACGACGACGAGGAUAGCGACAAAAAGAAGAAGAAGAAGAAGAAAAAGGAGAAUGGAAGUGAGAAUAGCGGCAGUAGUAGUAGCAGUAGCAGUUCAUCGUCAACGUCGUCAGAUUCGGAUUCAGACGAGAAUGUCGAUAACAACGAGAAGAAUAAACCAGAAAUGCCAGUGACGCGCGAACCGAUAUACAUUCCACUCCCGAAAGCGAAACAAAAAGCGACGGAGGAAAAGAAGCGCCCGGCGGAUGCGCCAUUACGAACGCGAGCCGAAGGUGGUAGAAAGCGAAGGAAAAAGAAGUAA